GUGACACUGGUUUGCUGUUUGCUAACAACAAUGAGAAGGAGUAGCAAUUUAAACGGUGCUAACACAUUUUGCUAAGCUUUUUCAAGGUUGAUACCUUCCCUCUGUCAGGAGGACUGGAUGCAGAGACCGCUCGUUUUAUUAUAUAAAAAGACUGUCUCUGCCGGCUUUCAGCCUCUUGGCACACUUGUCAGGUGUCAGCCACUCUGGAAAGGGUCUAGAAACCUCUCUGUCCCUUCAUACUUUAAACAAAUACCCCCAACUGUUCAUGCAUUUAACAUUUCCCGGCAAAACCACAACUUUUCCUUAGUAUCCCGAGUCCUGCAAAAAGAUUAUUUCCGUCUUUCUUUGCAACAAUUUUUCUCCGAGAUGGCAGACCAGAAGUUCAUCGUGGAGUAUGCCAAACGUGGCACUGCAGGAUGUAAGAAGUGCAAGGAGAAGAUUAUGAAGGGGAUAGUGCGCAUCGGGAAGGUCGUUCCAAACCCCUUCAGCGAGUCUGCAGGAGAAAUGAAGGAGUGGUAUCACUCCAAGUGUAUCUUUGAGAAGAUGGAGAAAGCCAGAGCCACCACCAAGAAGAUCGAGGACAUCACAGACCUGGAGGGCUGGGAGGAGCUGCAGGACGAGGACAAGGAGGCCAUCAACAAACAUGUCUCAGACCUGAUGGCCAAAGUCAACUCGACCCCGAAGAAGAAGGUUCAGACGAAGCUGAACGCGUCGGGUCAGACGAUGGCUCCUCCUUCCGACCCCACGCUCAACGCUCCACGCAAGUUCUCAGGCUUCACCGCUACGAAGGCCGGCAGCUCCAGCAGCCCGGGUCCUUCCUCCUCUUCCUCUUCUCCCUCCUCUUCCUCGCCCAGCCAAGGCAGCGCUCUGUCCUCUCAGCUGUGCGACCGCAACCACAAGGACUGUCUGCUCAGAGAGUUCAGGAAGCUCUGUGCCACGGUGGCCGAACACAACAGCUACAACACCAAGACGCAGAUCAUCGAGAAGUUCCUCAGGAAGGGCUCCGCCGGAGAUAAGUUCCACGGAGAUCUUUUCCUGACGGUGAAGCUGCUCCUGCCGGGCGUCGUGAAAAGUGUCUACAACCUGAACGACAAGCAGAUCGCUAAACUCUUCAGCCGCAUAUUCAAAUGCAACCAGGACGACAUGGUGCGCGACCUGGAGCAGGGCGAUGUGUCUGAGACGGUGCGGAUGUUCUUCGAGGAGAGUAAAUCGUUUCCUGCGGCGUCCAAAAGCCUCCUCACCAUACAGGAAGUGGACGCCUCGCUGACCCGCCUCGCGCUGCUGACCAAGGAGGACGAGCAGCAGAUUGAGCUGGAGGAAAUCUCCAAAAAAUGCACCGGUAAUGACUUGAAAUGCAUAAUUCGCCUUAUAAAACACGACCUCAAGAUGAAUUCUGGAGCUAAACACGUCCUGGACGCUGUGGAUCCAAACGCUUACGAUGCCUUCAAGGCCUCUCGUAAUCUGGGAGACGUGAUCGAGCGGGUGUUGAGGAACCAGCAGGACGCGACUAACGGCUCCGGACCCCGAAAACUCCUCACUGUGGAGGCAUCUCUCAUGACCCCCGUGCAGCCCAUGCUGGCAGAGGCAUGUAAAUCCAUCGAGUACGCCAUGAAGAAAUGUCCCAAUGGGAUGUACUCGGAGAUCAAAUACGACGGAGAACGUGUGCAGGUCCACAAGAACGGAGACAUCUUCAGCUACUUCAGCCGCAGCCUGAAGCCAGUGCUGCCACACAAAGUGGCACAUUUCAAGGAGUUCAUCCCUCAGGCGUUCGUGGGAGGCGAAAACAUGAUCUUAGACGCUGAGGUGCUUCUGAUCGACACCAACACUAGCAAGCCUCUGCCCUUUGGGAGCCUGGGAGUUCACAAGAAAACGGCCUUCCAAGAUGCCAAAGUGUGCCUUUUUGUCUUUGACUGCAUCUACUUCAACGGCGUGAGUCUCAUGGAGAGGCCUCUGAGUGAGCGCAGGAAGUUCCUGCGAGACAACAUGGUGGAGGUUCCCAACAGGAUCCUGUUCUCAGAGAUGAAGCACGUCACUAGGGCGGGAGAUCUGGCAGACAUGAUCACUCGAGUCAUCAGAGAGGGACUGGAGGGCCUCGUGCUCAAAGACCUGAAGGGCACGUAUGAGCCGGGGAAGCGUCACUGGCUGAAGGUGAAGAAGGAUUAUCUGAAUGAAGGAGCGAUGGCCGACACCGCGGACCUGGUGGUGCUGGGAGCUUUCUACGGGAAGGGAUCAAACGGGGGCAUCAUGUCCAGUUUCCUGCUGGGAUGUUACGACCCUCACUCUAAGAAGUGGUGCACCGUCACUAAGUGCUCCGGCGGCUUCGAUGACGCCAUGUUGGCUCGACUCCAGAAGGAGCUGGACAUGAUCAAAAUCAGCAAGGAACCCAGCAAAAUCCCCGGCUGGAUAAAAGUCAUCAAGAACUAUUAUCCAGAUUUCAUUAUCCGGGAUCCUCAGAAAGCUCCGGUCUGGGAGAUCACCGGCGCAGAGUUUUCCAAAUCAGAAAUGCACACGGCUGACGGCAUCUCCAUCCGAUUCCCCCGCAUGACGCGCAUCCGAGACGACAAGGACUGGAAGACCGCCACCAACCUAGAGCAGCUCAGGGAGCUGUUCCGCAUCUCGAAGGAGAACUGUGACUUUAAAGUAACGGCCGGACCCUCGGCUAACGACGGGAAGGGAUCCUCAGGAGACAGCGGAGGAAGCUCCCCCUCCUCAUCCUCACAUGGAGCCCCUCCACCCAAGAAGACCAACCCCAGGACCCCCAAACCAAAGCCGAUCAAAUCUGAGCCUCGCACUCCUGGAUACGACACUCCCAGUGCCAAGAAGGUGAAGGUGGAGGUGAAGGUGGAGAAGGAGGUGAAGAUGGAGAAGAUGGAGAAGGAGGUGAAGACUGAGAGCGUUCACAGUAACGGGAAAACACAAAACAAACCAACGGCUCAAAUCCUGAAGCCUAGGAACGAUAAGACGCUGCUGGACAUCUUCAGCGGCGUGAAGCUCUUCCUGCCCUCCUCGGUGCAGGACUUCGACAAACUGAGGCGGUACUUCGUGGCGUACGACGGAGACCUGGUGGCCGACUUCGAAGUCUCCAUGGCAACGCACACGCUGGGCGCCCCCGGCGACGACAGCUCGGCUCACAAAGUGACGCCCAGCUGGAUCUGGGAGUGUAUCCGCAAGAGGCGUGUCGUCCCUGCCUGUUGAAAUAUACAACACACUGUUAAGCGUUUUUUUAAGAGAAAGGGUGUGGACACUAAAGGCUUCCUUAUCGUGCCCAAGGCUUUAAUUACUCACACUGCUAUCAGGUCGUUUUAUUUAUUCUUUCCAAGCAGAGAAUACAUUAGGUUUGGGCUUUUUAGUUUUAUCAUUUUGAAUACUGGGGAUAGAUGGUUGUAGUUAGGGUUUACUGACGACAGUGUGUAUGAGAGAGUGUCCUGUCGAAGUAGUUUUUGUAAGAACAUGACGUUGAAGCAGCUACACAUGAAAUGCAUUUUACAAACAUCAUGUAACAAACCUCGGUAAAGGCCUGGAAAUGAAUACGCAGCAGAAAAAAUAUCGUGCAUUAUUUUUACCGCCUGAGUGGAACAUUUUGCGAGCGAUUAAACCCCGGCUCAAGAACUGAGAAAAGAAUGAUUUGUCUGCCGAGAGGAAUAAACAAAAUGCUGAUAAAUAAAAUAAAAUGUCUCCUCCGUGA